GUUUCUCUCUUCUUUCUUUGCAGCACGGACGUUUUGUAAUAGUAGAGUUAUGUAUACACAGUGGUAACACAGCUAAUGGUAUUCUCCAUCUAAAACUUUAACCUCCAGCUUCACAACAACCAACAAAAUGGUCAAUAUCGGUCUCACCAAAGUGGACGAUGCGCUGGCAGCCAAACACCCGGGUUUGCAGAGUUAUGCUGCCUGUCAGUCUCAUGCCUUCAUGAAGGGGACUGGGACCUUUAUACUGGGUGCUGGUGGUUUAUUUGUCAUUCAGAAGGCUCUCCAGAGGAAGCUUCCUUAUCCCCUUCAGUGGAACCUUCUCAUUUCAAUAGUGGCGUCUUCAGUGGCAAGUUACGCAGUGACUCGCUGGGAAACGCAGAAAUGCACAGACCUUUGGAUUUUGCUGGAAACGGGCAAAGUCCCGGACAGAUCGCCACCACCGCAGGUGUCUAUACCAGAAGUACCAAAAGGAACCGGGAAGACAAAAUAUGGCGACACGAUGGAAUGAACAUAGUUUUAAACAAACGUGUGUAUUUACUGUAUAUAACUACAUCUUUUCAGAAAAUGUACCAGAUAUGCAGGUCAUUUAUUGACUAUAAGGGAGCGUGCUGGUUGUGAGAUAGUUCAGUGUUUUUUUCACCUCCAUUUCUGCAACAUGAAUGAAGUCAUUCUUUCAGUUUCAGAGUUGGAGGAGCUUUUGAAUUUCAUAACGGCAUUACUGUGUGGAUAAACAGAUGAGUUUCUCGAAUCAGAGGUCAGGAAUUAGUUUGGGUUUUUAGAAGGAAUCCCAUGUUAAGCUUGUGAUCCGGUAUUAUUAUUUGGACGUGUUUGUUUGACAUGCAACCGAAUUAAUGCUGCGCUACCAAAACCAGCCACUAACUGUCCCUGUGUAUCUCAUGGAGAGCUGCAUAUCCUAGUUACUGGUGGGUCGACCAAACCAGUAAAUGACCAGUUUCUGUUUUCAAUUGUAUGAUCUCAAUACAAUUAUUUCAAUCGUGUAUGCCUUGGACUACAGAGAGCAAAUCAUUGUGGAAUGAUUCAUCCUUUUGAAUAGAUAGCUAUUUAAUCCAUUUCCUCAGAGUGCUUAGCAGUGUAAAAGAUGGAAAAAUCAGUGUAAUCCACAUUAAAUAAUUUGCUGUUGUUGCUUUCAG